GGAUGGAAGGCGGGGCGGGCAGGCGGGCAACUUGGACCGCAGCCCUUACACCCCGCUGUCCGCCACCCCAGCCUCGCACGCGCUCCCACUUAUGAUGAGGAAGACCGGCCUCUGCCUCCUGCCCUGCACCCCUGGCCCUCACGCCUGCCUUCUCCACCUCCACCCCUGGGACCAGCAGUGGAGUCAGAGGGAGGGCAACAUCUGGAAGGCAGCUGAAGGCACCCGGUGCACCGACCCGCCCACAGGCAAGCCCGCGAUGGCGGCGAAGCGCAAAGGUGGCCUGAAGCUCAACGCCAUCUGCGCCAAGCUGAGCCGCCAGGUGGUCGUGGAGAAGGGAGCGGAGGCUGGCUCCCACACCGAGGGCAGCCCACUGAGGCCUCAGGACAAAGAGCGCGGCGGCCCUGAGUCAGGGGUGGCCCGGGCCCCUCGCAGCGAAGAAGACAAGAGGCGGGCGGUGAUCGAGAAGUGGGUCAACGGGGAGUACAGUGAGGAGCCGGCACCCACGCCUGUGCUGGGGCGCAGCGCCCGCGAGGGCCUGGAGCUGCCGCCCGAGGGCGUCUACAUGGUGCAGCCCCAGGCCUGCAGUGAUGAGGAGGACCACGGCGAGGAGCUCCCCAAGGAUGGCAGCGCAGGGGAGAAGAGCACAGACAGGGCGGCCUCCAAGGACGACAGUGGCCCCAGUGCCAAGCAGGCUUCAGGAGAGGCCUCCUCGCUGCGGGAGUAUGCGGCCUCCACCAUGACCGAGUUCCUUGGCAUGUUUGGCUACGACGACCAGAACACAAGGGACGAGCUGGCCAGGAAGAUCAGCUUCGAGAAGCUGCAUGCAGGCCCCACCCCCGAGGCGGCCACCUCGUCCAUGCUGCCCGCCUCCGAGGACGCCCUCAGCAAGCGGGCGCGUUUCUCCAAGUACGAGGAGUACAUCCGCAAGCUCAAGGCCGGCGAGCAGCUCUCCUGGCCGGCCCAUGGCACCAAGACCGAGGAGCGGGUGGGCAAGGAGGCGGUGGGCCCCCUGCCUGGCCUGCGGCUGCCCAGCAGCACAGCGCACCUGGAGACCAAGGCCACCAUCCUGCCCCUGCCAUCACACAGCAGCGUCCCCAUGCAGGGCCUGGUGGCCCGUGCCUCCAAGUACGACUUCUUCAUCCAGAAACUGAAGACAGGUGAGAGCCUGCGGCCUCAGAACGGGAGCACCUACAAGAAGCCAUCCAAGUACGACCUGGAGAACGUCAAGUACCUGCACCUCUUCAAGCCCGGGGAGGGCAGCCCCGACAUGGGCGGGGCCAUCGCCUUCAAGACAGGCAAAGUGGGACGCCCCUCCAAGUACGACGUCCGGGCCAUCCAGAAGCCAGGCCCCGCCAAACUUCCGCCCACACCCAGCCUGGCUCCUGCUCCCCUCGCCAGCGUGCCCAGCGCUCCCAGUGCUCCCGGGCCAGGGCCCGAGCCACCUGCCUCCCUGCCCUUCAACACUCCUGAGUACCUGAAGUCGACCUUCUCCAAAACAGACUCCAUCACCACGGGGACCGUCUCCACUGUCAAGAACGGAUUGCCCACAGAUAAACCAGCUGUCACUGAAGAUGUAAACAUUUACCAGAAAUAUAUUGCCAGGUUCUCGGGCAGUCAACACUGCGGCCAUAUCCACUGCGCCUACCAGUACCGUGAGCACUACCACUGCCUCGACCCUGAGUGCAACUACCAGAGGUUCACGAGCAAGCAGGACGUGAUCCGGCACUACAACAUGCACAAGAAGCGCGACAACUCCCUGCAGCACGGCUUCAUGCGCUUCAGCCCGCUGGACGACUGCAGCGUCUACUACCACGGCUGCCACCUCAACGGGAAGAGCACCCACUACCACUGCAUGCAGGUGGGCUGUAACAAGGUGUAUACAAGCACGUCAGAUGUGAUGACCCACGAGAACUUUCACAAGAAGAACACCCAGCUCAUCAACGAUGGCUUCCAGCGCUUCCGAGCCACCGAGGACUGUGGCACAGCCGACUGCCAGUUCUACGGGCAGAAGACCACACACUUCCACUGCAGGCGUCCUGGCUGCACGUUCACCUUCAAGAACAAGUGUGACAUUGAGAAGCACAAGAGCUACCACAUCAAGGACGACGCCUACGCCAAGGAUGGCUUCAAGAAGUUCUACAAGUACGAGGAAUGCAAGUACGAGGGCUGUGUGUACAGCAAGGCCACCAACCACUUCCAUUGCAUCCGCGCCGGCUGCGGCUUCACCUUCACCUCCACCAGCCAGAUGACCUCGCACAAGCGCAAGCACGAGCGCCGACACAUCCGCUCCUCGGGCGUGCUGGGCCUGCCGCCCUCGCUGCUGGGCGCCAAGGACACCGAGCACGAGGAGUCCAGCAACGACGACCUGGUGGACUUCUCUGCCCUGAGCAGCAAGAACUCCAGCCUCAGCGCCUCCCCCACCAGCCAGCAGUCCUCUGCCUCUCUGGCCACGGCCGCCGCCACCGCCGAGGCCGUGCCCAGUGCCACCAAGCCUCCCAACAGCAAGAUCUCCGGGCUGCUGCCCCAGGGCCUGCCGGGCUCCAUCCCCCUGGCGCUGGCCCUCUCCAACUCAGGCCUGCCCACCGCUGCACCCUACUUCCCCAUCCUUCCAGGCCGCGGGAGCGCCUCGCUGCCUGUGGGUGCCCCUGGCCUCAUGGGUGCCAUGUCGUCUGGGGCAGCAGCCUCAGCAACCCCUGAUACGCCUGCUCUGGCUGCCUCUGGAGCUGGCGACUCAGCCCCCGCGGCUGCCACCUCUGUCCCAGUGCCCCCCGCCUCCAUCAUGGAAAGGAUCUCUGCGAGCAAGGGCCUCAUCUCGCCCAUGAUGGCCAGGCUGGCCGCGGCCGCCCUCAAGCCCUCUGCCACCUUUGAUCCAGGAAAUGGGCAGCAGGCCACCCCCACUAGGUUUCCCCUGGCCCCGGUGAAGCAGGAGCCCGGUGAGAAUGCUGGCGCCCCAAGUGCCCAGGAGGCCUCCCAGGACCGCAGUUUAGACCUGACUGUGAAGGAGCCCAGUAAUGAAUCAAAUGGCCACGCAGUCCCGGCAAAUUCAUCUCUUUUAUCCUCGCUUAUGAAUAAGAUGUCUCAGGGCAACCCCAACCUCGGCAGCCUGUUGAACAUCAAGACGGAAGCAGAGGGGAGCCCCGCCAUGGAGUCCUCUCCCUUCCUGGGCAAGGCCGUGAAGGCACUGGCUCAGGAGAAACUGUCAGAGCCCUGGAAGGUGUACCUUCGCAGGUUUGGUACCAAGGACUUCUGCGAUGCUCAGUGUGACUUCCUUCACAAGGCCCACUUCCACUGCGUGGUGGAAGAGUGUGGCGCUCUUUUCAGCACCCUGGACGGGGCCAUCAAGCAUGCCAACUUCCACUUCCGGACGGAGGGAGGGGCAGCAAAAGGAAACACAGAGGCUUCCUUCCCAGCCUCAGCCGCUGAGACCAAACCUUCCUUGGCCCCCUCAUCCCCUCCUGCGCCUCCUGUCACCACAGCCACGGCUUCCUCUCUGGAGGGGCCCACUCCCAGCCCAGCCGCUGUGCCCUCCACCCCUACCCUGCUCGCCUGGAAGCAGCUGGCUUCCACCAUACCCCAGAUGCCUCAGAUUCCAGCGUCAGUGCCUCACCUGCCCACUUCACCCUUGGCAACGACUUCUCUAGAAAACGCCAAGCCCCAGGUCAAACCCGGAUUCCUCCAGUUCCAGGAGAACGAUCCUUGCCUCGCGACGGACUGCAAGUAUGCCAACAAGUUCCACUUCCACUGUCUCUUUGGGAACUGCAAGUACGUCUGCAAAACCUCUGGCAAGGCCGAGUCUCACUGCCUGGACCACAUCAACCCCAACAACAACCUGGUGAACGUGCGAGACCAGUUUGCUUACUACUCCCUGCAGUGUCUCUGUCCCAACCAGCACUGCGAGUUCCGGAUGCGCGGGCACUACCACUGUCUCCGGACCGGCUGCUACUUUGUGACCAACAUCACCACCAAGCUGCCGUGGCACAUAAAGAAGCACGAGAAAGCCGAGCGGCGGGCAGCCAAUGGGUUCAAGUACUUCACGAAGCGUGAGGAGUGCGGCCGGCUAGGCUGCAAAUACAACCAGGUGAACAGCCACUUCCACUGCAUCCGGGAAGGCUGCCAGUUCUCCUUCCUCCUCAAGCACCAGAUGACCUCCCAUGCCCGGAAGCACAUGCGGAGGAUGCUGGGAAAGAACUUCGACCGUGUGCCCCCGUCCCAGGGCCCCCCGAGCCUGAUGGACACGGAGACAGACGAGUACAUGGAUUACACCGGCUGCAGCCCGGGAGCCGUGUCCUCGGAGUCGUCCACCAUGGACCGGAGCUGCUCUAGCACCCCUGUGGGCAAUGAGAGCACCGCGGCAGGGAACACCAUCUCCAUGCCGACAGCCUCGGGGGCCAAAAAGCGUUUCUGGAUCAUUGAGGACAUGUCGCCGUUUGGGAAGCGGCGCAAGACCGCGUCCUCGCGCAAGAUGCUGGACGAAGGCAUGAUGCUGGAGGGCUUCCGGCGCUUCGACCUCUACGAGGACUGCAAGGACGCGGCCUGCCAGUUCUCGCUCAAGGUCACCCACUACCACUGCACGCGCGAGAACUGCGGCUACAAGUUCUGCGGGCGCACGCACAUGUACAAGCACGCACAGCACCACGACCGCGUGGACAACCUCGUGCUGGACGACUUCAAGCGCUUCAAGGCCUCGCUCAGCUGCCACUUCGCCGACUGCCCCUUCUCGGGCACCAGCACGCACUUCCACUGCCUCCGCUGCCGCUUCCGCUGCACAGACAGCACCAAGGUCACGGCGCACCGCAAGCACCACGGCAAGCAGGACGUGAUCAGCGCGGCCGGCUUCUGCCAGUUCAGCUCGAGCGCCGACUGCGCCGUGCCCGACUGCAAGUACAAGCUCAAGUGCUCGCACUUCCACUGCACCUACCCGGGCUGCCGCCACACGGUCGUGGGCAUGUCCCAGAUGGACUCGCACAAGCGCAAGCACGAGAAGCAGGAGCGCGGCGAGCCCGGCGCCGAGGGCCCCGCGCCCGGCGACGGCCCCGCCGCGCCCGCCCCUGGCCCCGCGGCCGGCGAGUCGUCGCAGGAGGACGAGGAGGAGGAGCUGGAGCUGAACGAGGAGGAGGCGGACGAGGACGACGACGACGACGACGAGGACGACGACGACGACGAGGACGACGACGACGACGACGACGAGGACCUGCGCACCGACUCGGAGGAGUCGCUGCCCGAGCAGGGGCCGGGGUCGCGGAGCCCGGAGCUGGCGGCCCUCGGCGCCACCGCAUCCGCUGCGCCCUCGGCCGCGUCGCCCUAGCUGCGGGGCAGGGUGGGGGGCCGGCCGCGCGCCCCGGGGGCUCGCCCCUGUGUUUUAUUAUUGUUAUUAUUAAUUUUGUAAGACAUGGUAUUUAUACGUCAAGCUUCCCUCUGUACAGAGCUAGAUGUUCGCGGUGGUUGCGGCGUCGGGAGGCGCUCCGGGCUCGGGCCCCCCGCCACCCCGCCGGUGCUUCCGGACCCCGAGUCCGUCUCAGGGCAGAGGCGGGGCCCCCUCUGGUGCUCCGGGCCGCCCCCGCGCCCGCCGCCCGCGCAGCUCCGCGGCUGGAAGGACAGGCUGCCUGCCGAGCGCCCCUUUCUAGCUGCAGUUCGGGAUCUUCAGGGAAAUAGAAGGUGCUCUUGUCCGGGGUGGGAGCGGGGAGCCGGGGUCCCCGAGGGCGAAGCGGGCUCAGCCCCCGGGCAGCUGCCGCAAGUGCCCCUCCCCGCGGCCGGACCCCGGGACCCACGCCCGCGCCGGUGGGAUUCUUCAUUGCUCAGGACGGGGACAGGCGCGGGGGGGUCUCUGCGACCCCCACCCCUAACCACCAGGGGCGGGCCGGCACCUGCGGCAUCUGGCCUGGCCUCGCACUCGCGCAGCUAAGGCCCUCCCUCCCGGCCCUGGGGGAGGGCGGGGCAGACGGCGUCCGCACGGGUGACACUACAGGGACCGCGGAGGAAACCUCAUGGAAUUAGCAGAGCCGGGAGCUCCGCGGUCACUUCGCCCCCGCUGCAGGGCCUGGGCCUGGUAUCUGCUCCCGAGGGCUGGGGCCCGGAAGGGGCGCCCCUGGGCCUGCUUGGUGACUGCCAGGCGCCAGCCUGGCCCGGUGACAGGAGGCUGCGUUCCUUCACAAACGAAGAGCAGCCCGCGCUGGAGCGCUGGGCUCCGCGAGGGUCUCAGCCACCCAGGUGCUGGGAACAGGAAGGAGGCCGCUGUUUGGGGCUUUAAUCAACAUGGAAAAAAUGCGAGAAAGUUGUACAGUAUUUUUCCUGUCAAGGUUAUUAUUCUACACAGAACAAAAAGAAAAAAAAAAGCGGGCGGGCCGUAAGAGCGCAGACCCGCCUCCGGACCAGCCCUGAGGUUGGAGACCCGGGCGCAGUUGCUCACGUGGGGUUCUGGUUAGCGUUUAUUGUAGAGGCCUCACCAGUCUGAGGCCGCUGUCUUUACACUAGCACUGAUGGGGAAGCUGUGUGAUUCCAACUUUUAACUUGAAUUUUGUAGAGACAAGAGAAAAGGACUAUUAUUGUUGAUACAAGUUUGUAGUUAAUUUAACAUUUGAGUUUUUCUCAUUGGUUAUGCGUGUGGCUUUAUAGGGCUUUUCCCACCCCCCAGUUUGUUUUAUUAUUUUGUUGGGGAUGCUUCUUUGCUGGUGCAACCCACCCAGAUUUGGCUCCCUUUUCUAAACAUCCCCCCUUCCUGGAGAUGAUGAGGUCACCAAGCCCGGAGAAGAGGGGCCCCACCUGACAGGCACAAGCCAGGCUAGUGGCGCUGAGGGUGACAGGGACCCAGGGCAGGCAGCCAGCCGGCCCAAGGCCCCGCCUGUUUCCUUCUCUCCACUUCAGGCCACCAGUGGGUCUCCGGUUGGACCCUGAGACUCCACAGGGAGAGAGCAAGGCCCAGCCUGGGGAGGGUCUGUCACCCAGAGCCUCCUUCCCACAGGUCUCCAAGGGGAGCCCUGCCCAGCUGGGGGGCCAGUGGUUUCCUUUUUCUCUUUUUUUUUUUUUUUUGUCCUCUUGGCUGCCCACAGCCAGAAAGCCAGGACCACCUGAACUGGAGAGGGAGCAAGGCGGGAGGAGUGGUCAGAUGGAGUGUACCUGAUUCAGCAGGAAACAUGGUUUUCUAAAACAGCCCCCACCAGAGCCUCCUGAACUUUUGUGGGCACCACGUGCUGCUGCUGAGCAUUCGCCCAGACUUUGUGCCCAACCACAGAACCGGUGAGUCUGUGCAAGGAGUUUUGUAAAGGAAAAAAACAAAAACAAACAUUUUUCAAUGUAGCAAAAUCAAACAAAACAAAAAAAAAAGAAAGAAAGAAAAAAGAAGACGCCGACAGUGCGAAGUCUAGCCUUUUGCAACUUCAUAUUGCACACUAGGACUAUAAGCCAUUGCUAGCUCAUUUUGAAUUUUAAUGUGUAAUUUUUGUUUUAUUUUCUUUCUGUGGGGAAAACAAUGCUUGAUCCACCAAUGCUCUUUUUAAUGUUUUAUAACUAUGUAUGUGUAUAUAUAUAAAUAUAAAAUAAUAUGUAUGCACAUAUGUGUGUAUAUAUCUAUAUGUAUAUACAUAUAUAGAUAUAUAGAGAUAUAUAGAGAGGUUUUGAGACGACAAAUGCAGAACGUGAGAACCGAACUGAACAGCGUGUGUGCUCUGAUUACUUGAAUCUGGUCUCCUCGGCACCUGGUUAUUAAGAACUGAAUAUUUUUCCACUUGAAUUUAGUGCUAUUAGAAAUUUAAUAUAUGUGUUUUAUUUAUUUGAUUUUUUUUUGCAUGACUGAUGCAAGGUUUGACAUUUUCACUCAAUAAAAA